UCCCUUAGCUGUAGCCAGCAAUUCCCAAACUCAAGUAUAUACGAUCAACUGUUUGAAAAAUUCAAUGUAGAGGAAAUAAUAUUGUAGUCUAUACAGACUCUGUAAAACGUACUUAUGCCGUACGCACACGGCGUGUCGUUUGUUUUUGGUCAACCUUGACUUUCUGCUUCUUGCUAUUACAAAUCCUCCUCUUCUGUCUCCGCCACCAGCACCGCCAGCAGCGUGAGUCACGUAUUGACCUCGCUGCUUUAAGAAGAGGGAAAGCGUCGUGUUUCUGACUCUGAUUUCUCCAAUAAUGCUGCUUUUACUAUUCUUUUUUAAUUCAGAGGUAAGAAUGAUUCGAUUGGUGGAUGGAGUUAGGUUUGAGGUCUGAUUCUAAGGUCCAAUCCCAAUCCUCACUGUUGACUAAACAAAUUCAAAGCUUUAGAAAAACAAUUUCUCAAGUAAUCGAAGCAAGAACUAAGAAGUAACCGAGGCCUUUCCUAUGGCUGCACUGAUCUCAUAUUCUUUCUCAUGAAGCCUUCAACAACAACUAGUCCACUUUCCUUUCUUUCAUGAUCGAGAAUCAAAUGCAUUUCUUUCAAAAAUCUGUUUCUUCCUCUUCUCCUUCUUCCUCUUCGCCGUCUUCCCCUUCUGUUUCUUCAAAAGACAGCAGUGGCAAUGCUGGUAAUUUCUUUAAUAAUCGUGGGCAAUCAUCCUUUACUCAGAGGAGGCUCACGCGGCAGAGGAAGCUCAGGCACGUCAGUGAACAUGAGCUUGGCUUGCAGUUCAUCGAUCCUUUGAAUUCUCCUCAUGGUUCACCUGAUUCUGCUCAAAAGCCGCGAUCUCUUGGCUCCUCCGAUCGCUGGUUUUCGUCUGCUGUACCGCAACCGUUGCCGCUUCCUGAAUGGCCUUUGACCAAGAGACCGGAUUUGUUGGGCUCGAUUUUCUGCCAGGGUCAUCCUGGAUCACCAGAAGAAGGACCGAGCUCUGUUUUGAGGAGGAAUAGCGCAGAUCAUGUUGUUACAAAGUUUGCUACUUGUUCAAGCAAUUGUCAUUCGAGAUUCUCUCAAGAUGCUAAUGAUGAUGGUGCUAAUUACAACUUAAGACUGAACAUUGCUGCUCGAAGUGCUCCAACAAGUGGAUUCUCAAGUCCUAUGGUUAGUCCUCGAAGAUCAAAUGCAGGGGAACUCUCUCCUGGCGAUGCUACAGAUGCAUUCAAGUCUUCAAGCAAUUGUUGCAAGGGACAGUCUCAUGAUCUAAAUACUGAAAGUUUUAAGUACAAGUUGAGUCAGAUUGCUUCUCCCAGGAGUGCUCCAACAAGCGGUUUCUCAAGCCCUGCUGUUAGCCCACAAAGAUCAAACACUGGGGACUUUUUACCAUCUUUUGUAGCUUCACAAGCAUGUCAUAAGCAGUCAGCUUUGGAAGUACCAGACUUGGGUAGGCAUGGUGGUCAUAGUUCACAAGUGUCACCACUCAAACCCAUGCAUAGUCCAGAUCAUUCUCCAUUUUGUAGCCCAUCAUUGCAAAGUCCCUACCUCAACCCCAAAAGUCACUAUAAGUUUUCAUUUCCAUCGCAUAAUAAAUUGCUUCAAGGGAAUUCUAAGGAGUGGCCUGAGACUAAUAGCCAUUUUAGUGCUCAUCCAUUGCCCCUUCCUCCUGGAGCCGCCCCGCCACAGUCGCCUGUGCCAUCUCCACCAGCUGUUCUCCAUCACGCAAUAGAGAAGCCAAAUUUAUUAUUGAGAAAAACUCAGUGGCAGAAAGGAAAACUUAUUGGACGUGGUACUUAUGGAAGUGUUUAUGUUGGAACCAACCUAGAGACUGGAGCUUUAUGUGCAAUGAAGGAAGUUGACAUCAUCCCUGAUGACCCCAAAUCUGCUGAAUGCAUAAAGCAGCUAGAGCAGGAAAUUAGACUUCUUCAACAUCUAAAGCAUCCAAAUAUUGUGCAGUAUUACGGCACUGAGAUAGUUGAUGAUCACUUUUACAUAUAUUUGGAGUAUGUGUAUCCUGGAUCAAUCAGUAGAUAUUUCCGUGAACAUUGUGGAGCCAUGACCGAAUCUAUAGUCCGCAAUUUCACCCGCCAUAUUCUAUCUGGAUUGGAUUAUCUGCACAGCACAAAGACAAUCCACAGGGACAUUAAAGGAGCAAAUUUGCUUGUUGAUUCAUCAGGUGUUGUUAAGUUGGCAGAUUUUGGCUUGGCAAAACAUCUUACUGGACUAUCAUAUGAAUUGUCUUUGAAAGGCAGUCCACACUGGAUGGCUCCAGAGGUCAUAAAAGCUGUGAUGCAGAAAGAUGCCAAUUCUGAUCUUGCUUUGGCAGUUGAUAUAUGGAGCUUGGGUUGUACUGUCAUUGAGAUGUUUACUGGUAAACCUCCCUGGGGCGAUCUUCAAGGGCCUCAAGCAAUGUUCAAGGUUUUGAACAAAACUCCACCUAUACCAGAUGUAUUGUCUCCAGAAGCUAAAGAUUUUCUCUGCUGUUGCUUUCAAAGAAAUCCUGCAGAGCGACCAUCUGCUAAUAUGCUACUUGAGCAUCCUUUUGUGCGAAAUUCAAGUGAACUCAAUUUGUUGACCUGCAGACAGGCAUUAUCAGCAAUAAACCUCAUGGAUAAGUCACAAUGUUCCAGAGAUUGUGCUGCACAAAAAAUUGAUUUGAUGCCAACCUCUCCAGGCACACGGAUUAUGAAUGAUAAAAUGCCCAGCAAUAGUGAAACCUUUCAACAAAGUUGUGUCAAAACAUUCAAUUCUGCUGCAGUUUCUUUUCACUCUCCAUGUUCUCCACUUGAAGUCCUUCCUUCUCUAUCUACAACACAGUUGGUUUAUGAUUCACAUAAUUUCAGCUCUACUUCAAAAUUUUCCAGCAACAUGCCACUUGGUGCCGUGAAUAACCAUCCUUUGGCUCUUUUAAGGAGUCAUGGAAGGGAAGUUCCACAUAUCUGAAAUAUCCACCGAUUGUCAUGGUUUGAUCUGGAAGCAGUCUUCUUUGUGUACAGCUAGGUAGAAGCUAGCAAUUGACUAGACAGGACCCAAUGGAGGUUUUCAAAUCUCUUUUUAAGGCUUUCAUGACUCUCAUGAGCUUGAGGUUCAGUGUAUCAUAUUCUAUGCUCUUGAUGCAGAAAAGACUUCUUAAUUUGGAAAUCUAAUAAGCUGGGAUGAGUGUGCUGGUCAUUUCCAUCUUCAUCGUCGUGGCUUGAACUUGUGCAAAUAGGAGGGGUUUAGACUUCAAGCAAAUGAUUUAACGAAGAUGUAAAAAGUAAGUAGGAAGUGAAAAUAGUAAUUAUUCCCAUUUUAUAAAGAUAAUGACAAACUUUAGUAGAACUUGUAAAUAUAGGAACCUUUCUUCCCCACAAUUUGAUUCAUUUCUAAUAUAGAAAAUAUUUCAGCUGGUUGCUUUUUCAUACCAGCUA